UGAGGGACUUUUGCACAAGUGCUCCCCUUCAGCGAUUUCCACGUGCAUGGCCCGUGCGUGUUAAUCCACCGCCCCGUGGUUUCACUGUGUGGGGCUGACAACUUGUGGCGACUGAGGCGAAUUCAGCGCUGCCAGCGCGAAUCCCCCAUCACUGAACCACUUCUGAAGCCAGCUCCUGAGGGCGAGGCCCCGGCUCCUCCCCGCGCCUUUAACGGCCCGGCCAGGCCCGGCCCGGCCCGGCCGCCCCCCGCCCCUCCCGGCUGCGCUGGGCGGGAGGCGAGGCCCGGGGCCGGGCGGCGCCGUGACGGGAGGAGAAGCGGAGCAGGGCUGCUCAGAAGGCAUGGACCAAGUAAAGCCAGUGCCAGGCAGAAAGGGACGGAAGGCCAGCUGCUGGAAGUUAACCGUUGUGGCCGCCGUAGUGGGCAGCGUGAUGGCUCUCUACAUGGGGAUCCUGCUGGCCUGUCAUCCCGUGGGAGAGACCAGCUUUGAGCACACAGUGGAGCUGCAAGGAAUCAUAUUCAACAGCAGCUUGCAGAGGGAGAACUCGGACUAUUACAGGGUGCUGACACCUGCUCUUGAGAGGCUGUUUCUGUCCAGUUUCCAGGAUUCCCAGCUGGACUGGAGCUGCACUGGUUGCACCAUCCUGGGCUACAGCAGGAAUGGGAACUCAAGCGUGCUUGUCCGUUUCCGUCUCCGCUUCAGCCCCCAGGAUUCCCAUCCCCUGAGCUCUGCCACGGAGGAGGAAGCUCUCAGACACGGCCUGGCAGCUGCCCUGCACGAGCAGGGUCUCUCCCUGGCUGCCUAUGGGACGAUAUCCUCAGCUUCUCUUACAGGUCCCAGUGAGGUUUCUCCAUACAGACCAGGACUGAAAUCAGGGAGCUGCCCCGGAGACUUGUUCACUUGCCGCAACAAGCAGUGCGUGUCGAAAGAAAACCCAGAAUGUGAUGGCCAAAAGGACUGCUCUGAUGCCUCUGAUGAAAAGGGCUGCGACUGCGGGAGCCGCCCUGCCAUGCAGACUGCCACCAGGAUAGUUGGAGGCUCAGAGGCAUCCAGAGGGGAGUUCCCAUGGCAAGUCAGCCUGCGAGAGAACAACGAACAUUUCUGUGGUGCUGCAAUCCUCACAGAGAAGUGGCUGGUGUCUGCUGCUCACUGCUUUACUGAAUUUCAGGACCCAGCCAUGUGGGCAGCUUACACGGGGACCACCUCCAUUAGUGGUAUGGACAAAGGCACAGUAAAAAUGGGCAUUGCACGGAUCAUCCCGCAUCCCUCCUACAACACAGACACAGCUGACUACGAUGUGGCUGUGCUGGAGCUGAAGAGACCCGUGACCUUUACUAAGUACAUCCAGCCUGUGUGCCUGCCAGAUGCUGGGCAUCACUUCCCCACCAGCAAGAAGUGCCUUAUCUCUGGCUGGGGCUACCUCAAGGAGGAUUUCUUGGUGAAACCCGAGUUCCUGCAGAAAGCAACAGUGGAGCUGCUGGACCAGACGCUGUGCUCCAGCCUCUACAGCCAUGCCCUCACAGACAGGAUGUUGUGUGCUGGCUACCUGGAGGGGAAAAUAGAUUCCUGCCAGGGUGACUCUGGUGGGCCCCUGGUUUGUGAAGAACCAUCUGGCAAGUUCUUCCUGGCAGGAAUUGUGAGCUGGGGAAUUGGAUGUGCUGAAGCCAGACGGCCUGGGGUCUACACACGUGUUACCAAACUGAGAGACUGGAUCUUGGAUGCUAUUUCGCCCUUUCCCAACUCCAUAGAGCGUACUGUCCCACUAAUACACUCCAGUACUAACAGUAACGUGGUCACCACUGAAGAGCUCAACACCACCACCCCCAGAGCAAUCCCCACCACCUCACCAGCCCCAGCUGCCAGCAAGCCAGCACCUGCAGCCAGACCACAAGAGUGUGGAGGACGACCUGGGCUCUCUAAACCCAGCAAGAUCGUGGGAGGAACAGAUGCUUCCAGAGGAGAGAUCCCCUGGCAAGUCAGCCUGAAAGAAGACUCGAUGCAUUUCUGUGGAGCCACCAUAAUUGGGGACCGCUGGCUGCUGUCAGCAGCUCACUGCUUCAAUGAGACAGAUCCAGAAGAGAUUGAAGCCUACAUGGGAACGACAUCACUAAAUGGAACAGAUAAUAACACAGUGAGAGUCAAUGUAACAAGGGUCAUCCAGCAUCCUCUCUUCAACCCUAUCCUUCUGGACUUCGACGUGGCUGUACUUGAGCUGGCAGAACCCCUUGUCUUCAGCAAAUACAUCCAGCCCAUCUGCCUCCCGCUUACGGUGCAGAAGUUUCCUGUUGGCAAGAAAUGCAUCAUUUCUGGGUGGGGAAACCUCCAAGAAGGGAAUUUCACCAAGCCUGAGAGUCUGCAGAAAGCUUCUGUGGGCAUCAUUGACCAGAAGACCUGCAACUUCCUCUACAACUUCUCCCUCACUGACCGAAUGAUCUGUGCUGGCUUCCUGGAAGGGAAGAUAGACUCGUGCCAGGGAGAUUCAGGUGGGCCCUUGGCCUGUGAGGUCACCCCAGGUGUCUUUUAUCUGGCUGGCAUCGUGAGCUGGGGAAUUGGCUGUGCCCAGGCUAAGAAACCUGGCGUGUACUCCAGAAUUACCAAAUUCUACGACUGGAUCCUGGAUACCAUCUCGCAGUAUGCCAGUCCUGGCACAAGCACUCCUUCCAGUUCAGCCAUCACCAGCACUUCUACUGCAGCCAUCCUCACACGCCACGCCAGUACAACAGCUGCAAUAGCCAUCAGCAGAACCACCCUGAGCAUGAAGACCACCACACCCACAAAAGAAACCUCCACUGCUCUGGGAACCACAGAGCCUGCCAAGCCCACCCAAACCCCAGUGGUGCCUUGUACCAGCUUCACCUUCAGGUGUUCCAGCAAUGUCUGUAUUGGAAAGGAAAAUCCUGAAUGUGAUGGAGUUGUUGACUGCAGCAAUGGCUUUGAUGAAAGCAAUUGUGACUGUGGCUUAACUUCUGCUCUGGCCUUCAGCAAGAUCGUGGGUGGGAGCACUGCAGCUCGAGGAGAAUGGCCCUGGCAAGUCAGCCUCUGGCUUCGGCGGAAGGAGCACAAGUGCGGGGCUGUCCUCAUCGCUGACAGGUGGCUGCUCUCUGCAGCUCACUGCUUUGAUAUUUACAGUGACCCCAAAAUGUGGGUGGCCUUUCUAGGAACACCCUUCCUGAAUGGCAUCGAUGGCAAAAUGGAGAAAAUAUUCCGUAUCUACAAGCACCCUUUUUACAACGUCUACAGCCUGGACUACGACGUGGCGCUGCUAGAGCUGAACAUGCCCAUCAAGUUCAGCAGCACCAUCAAACCUAUAUGUCUCCCAGCCAGUUCACACAUCUUCCACGAAGGAGCCAGAUGCUUCAUCACAGGCUGGGGUUCCACGAAGGAAGGAGGUCUAAUGUCAAAGGAUCUGCAAAAAGCAGCAGUGAAUGUGAUUGGAGACCAGGCCUGCAAAAAGUUCUACCCUGUCCAGAUCAGCAGCAGGAUGGUGUGUGCUGGUUUCCCACACGGUACCGUCGACAGUUGUUCGGGUGAUGCUGGCGGUCCUCUGGCAUGUCAAGAACCCUCGGGAAGGUGGUUUCUAGCAGGAAUCACAAGCUGGGGCUACGGCUGUGCCAGGCCGUACUUUCCUGGUGUCUACACUAAAGUCACAGCUGUCCAAGGCUGGAUUGCGCAGAACCUCAAGCUCUGAAGCUGCAUUUUACCACUCAGGGAAGGCAACGAAUGACAGGGGAUGCAUUAACCCUGCACCUACUGUACGUUUUUUGAUACUGCGAAAGGGUAACGGUGACCUGCAGGUAUUAAGCAGAUGAGUCUGUUGUGAACCUCUGCAGUCAUGGCACCAGGGUAUUUGGUAACUGCUUUGCAUAGAGAGGUGCAGUUCUAGACGUUUUUUCUAUAAAUAAAUGAGGCCUGUCCCAUCUUCAGAGCUGGCCAAACAUCCUACGCAUCAAAACCUGGCCUUUCAAGUUGGAGUGGUGCCAGAAACAUCUGCCAGAGAUUCACGUAGUGUGGUCUAGCUCUGUCUGUGCACUGUCCUCCCAAGGGCCAUCCAAGAGAUGAGUAGACUUUGUCCCAGCCCUGAGCUGAAGCCUCAAGACCUCACUGCCUGGAUGGAGUUGUUAUAAUGUGCAAUGGCUUUCAGAAAGGGCAUGCUACCACUUCAAAUCAAUGCUUGGUACUAGUGCCUGUAAGCUCCACGGCUUACCAUUUGAUCACAAGAGAAGCUUAGGAUUAAGACACUUGGACUUCAGACUGCCCAGGCCCUCAUCCACAUUAAAGAAUCAGUACAGGCUUCUCACCCCUGCCACA